AUGGCAGAACCCAAGUCGGAUCGAGUAUCCCGAGAGGCAGAUUCCGGAGCAAACCUGGACCGAUGCCGAGAAAAGGCUGCGGUGCGCAAGGCCGAUUUUAUUGUGAUGCCUCUUCUCAUGUUCGCAUUCUUUGUCCUGCAACUCGAUCGCUCCAAUGCCGGAAAUGCCUUGACGGACGGGUUUCUUAAGGACAUCGGGAUUACGCAAAACCAGUUCAACGUCGGCAUGCAGCUUCUCAAUGCCGGUAUCAUUCUUCUCGAAAUCCCAAGCAACAUGGUUUUGUAUCGCGUCGGCCCCAAAAUUUGGCUCAGCUGCCAGAUAGUUGCUUGGGGGCUCGUUGCCACUUUUCAAGCUUUCCAGAAAGGGCUUCCAGCAUGGCUUACUACCCGGCUGCUUCUCGGACUGUUGGAGUCAGGAUAUAUCCCCGGCGGACUCUACACGCUCUCUCUGUGGUACAAGGGCCCCGAAUUGAGCAAGCGCUUCGCGUUGUACUUCAUGGGCAACGGCUUUGCCACUGCAUCCGGUGGUCUCCUAGCGUACGGCAUACUCCAGAUGCGUGGCGUUGCAGGACUGGCUGGCUGGCAGUGGCUGUUCAUCCUAGAGGGGCUGCUGACGCUUGUUGCUGGCUUCUGCUUCUUCGCUCUGUUCCCGGGUGCUCCGUCGAAUCCCGUGACGCUGCUUGGCGUACGUUUCUUCACAGACCGCGAAAUUACGAUUCUUCGAGACCGUAUCAUCAUUGAUGACCCGAACAAGGCGACCACUAAGACGUCGAUCAACCUCGGCGACCUGCAGCGUGCCGUGGCAGAUUACAAGUUAUGGCCCCAUAUCCUGCUGACGUCUGCAGGACUGGCCCCUAGCAUCGCUCUUUGGUCAUAUGCGCCGAGCAUUGUCAAUUCUUUCGGAUAUGAACGACUGCAGUCUAAUGCGUUGACUUCCGUCGGGCAGUGGAUGGGUGUGGCCCUGACCCUGUUCCUCGGCUGGCUUGCUGACACAUGGGGUCGCCGAGGCUAUCUAGUGCUUAGUGCCGUGAGCAUCCAAUUUGUAUUCACGCUUGCGUACAAGUGCCUUCCAGAUGAUGCCGCAGCAAGCACAAAAUUUGGCUUAUUGACAAUGGCUGCGGGAACAACCUCAUGGUGGCAUGCUGUCCAUGGCUCUUGGCUGUCGCUCAAUGCUCAGACACCAAGUGAACGUUCAAUGAGAAUGGCCUGUUUCAUCAUGUCGGCUAACGUGGCUGGUCUCAUCGGUGCCCAACUGUUCCGUGCUGAUGAUCGCCCUUUCUACCACAGAGGCUGGACCAUUGCCGUGGUCUUCAUGGCGUUGUCUGUGGCAUGCGUCUUGCUUCUGAUUGCUCUCUAUCGUCGGGCGAACAAGAAGUAUUUCGGGAAGAUUCAGUCCAGCGAAGCAGGCUCUGUGGAAGCCAGGCCCAUCGGGGACGAGUUGAUCCUUUCUAAACCGUACAACUACUAG